UCAUUCUCCCUCCUUUGCAGUUGGUUCAUUCUUCCUGAGUGGAGCUGAAUGUUCCGGAAUGGCUGCCUGUCAGGGGAAACUGGAGCCCCACAAAGAGCAGCGUGGAGUCAUCUACAGCCCCUCGUGGCCCAACAACUACCCCGCAUCCACCAACUGCAGCUGGUACAUCCAGGGCAACUAUGGAGAUAUCAUCACCAUCAGUUUCCAGGACUUUGAGCUGGAGGGGGCGGGUGGCUGCGGGCUGGACUGGCUGAUGAUUGGUCCCACACUGGAGCACCGCGACCACCGGCUGUGCGGCUCCGCCCUGCCCCCGCCCUUCAUCUCCGCCCGCGACCACGCCUGGAUCUUCUUCCAUUCCGACCGCCACAGCUCCGGCCGUGCCCGCGGCUUCCGGCUCUCCUACAUCCGAGGUCGGGCAGCGCAGGCCGGUUGUGACGGGGAUGAGUUCCGCUGCAGUAACGGCAAGUGUGUACUGCUCGCCUGGAGAUGCAACGGGAAGGACGAGUGCGGUGACGGCUCAGACGAGCAGACGUGCCCGGCCGCGACACCUACCCCGGUGCAGGCCCAGAGCACGGCCACGCCGCUCGCCCCCGACGGCUGCCCGGACGGGACGUUCCUGUGUGGGGUGGAGCAGACGGCUCGGUGCUUGGCGGUGGAGCUGCGAUGUGACGGGCGAGGAGACUGCGAGGACGGAGCGGACGAGGAGCGGUGCCCGGUGAACGGCUGCGGACAGACGCUGGGCGACUUCUACGGCUGGUUCUGGCCACCGGGACGGCGAGCGGCGGUUGCCCGGGACUGUAGCUGGGUGGUGGACACGGGGGACAGUCGACACUUGUUGCUGCAACUAUCUCUGCAGCUAGCGGCCGGGGACUGGCUGCGAGUGUACGACGGGCCAGUCGCCGAGCCACGCCGGCUACUCGCCACGGCCGACCGGCGCAACAACGGGCGUCCAGUCAUGGUGGAGACGUCGGGCGGGCAGCUGGCCGUCAGCUAUCACGGGGCGGCGGGCGGCUUCAACGCCACGUACCGGGUGAAGGGCUACUGCCUGCCGCAGGAGCAGCCGUGUGGUGACGGUGGCGGCUGCUACACGGACCCGCAGCGUUGUGAUGGCUGGUGGCAUUGCCCGGACGGGCGGGACGAGCGCGGCUGCGGCGGCUGCCAGGCCGAUGAGUACCCGUGUGGUGGUGGAGGCGGAGGCGGCUGUUACCCCGCCAGCGGCCGCUGCAACAACCGCAAGAACUGUGCGAGCGGCGCCGACGAGUUCAACUGCCUGACCUGCCAGCCCGGGAACUUCCGCUGCGCCUCCAACACGUGUGUGUUUGAGGAGUGGCGAUGUGACGGCCAGGACGACUGCCCCGACGGCAGCGACGAACGCGGCUGUCUGCUGCUGCUGCCGCGCAAGGUCAUCACCGCCGCGCUCAUCGGCAGCCUCGUCUGCGGCCUCUUGCUGGUCGUCGCGCUAGGCUGUGCCUUCAAACUAUACUCGCUGCGGAGCCGCGACUACAGGGCCUUCGACACUCCGAUGAGCCGGCUGGAGGCGGACCUGGUGCAGCGGGAGGCUCCCCCGUCAUAUGGGCAGCUCAUCGCCCAGGGUCUCAUCCCCCCUGUCGACGACUUCCCCACCUACAACCCGGCGCAGCUGUCGGUGUUGCAGAACCUGCGCUCGGCGAUGCGGCGCCAGAUGAGGAGGCACUCGAUGCGCCGGGCGGCGGGCAGCGGGCGGCUGCGGCGGGUGUGGAACCGCUUCUUCCAGCGGCCUCGGGGCUGGGGAUUGAUCCCGCUCCUCACGCCCAGUCACGGGCCGCCCUCAUCCCGCCCGGGCGGGGCCGAUGGCGGGGACAGCAGCCGGGCAAGGACCCGGGGAGAGCCCGACCCCGAGUCCGACACGGACGCCGAGACGGACCGACAGGUGGGGGCGGCGCGGGGGGGCGGGGGCCCGGGCUCUCCCCCCGAACCGCGGCCUGGGUCGGCGCCAAAGCCGCCCCCAAGGCCCGGGCGGUCGGAGCCGGCGACCGGGCCGCGCCGCGCACCCGUAGCCGUGGAGACCCGGAGCGGGACGCGGAGGGUGGACGCCCCGAGCCCGGUCCCCGGCGCCACUGCCCGUCGCUGGUGCGCUCGGGCCGCGCCCGGGUGAUGAGUCUGGGCUCCGUGCGUCUCACCGUGUACGAGGUGUGUUACGCCCCGCCGCCCCGCACAGACACCGCCCCGCCGCCGCCCCACA